AUGAAACGUUCCUGGAGCACAGCCAGCCAGGAGCAGGAGCUCGGCUUCAACGAACGGCCAGCAAGACGGCGUACACCACCGCUCAUCUCAAGCUUAAAGACAUCAGUUUCACCACCACCCAAGCGAAAACUAGUCUCCAAUCCAGAAAGCCAUGAGCUUGCCUCUAUCGAAGCAGGAGAAGUCGAAGUCACAGAUCAUCUGGGGAUAUUCUCAACCAAGCUCAGCCAAUGCGCUCGACCUCAAAGUAUCUCGCAAGCAGCACCGCGCUUGGCGAUCAAUGACUAUGUCAAUCUUUAUCGACGUAACAGUCAUCCCACGGGUCGCCACUUUGUCAUCCAUCAACAUGAUCAUCCUAUUGCGGGACCGCACUAUGAUCUUCGACUUCAGUUCUCUGAGACGAGUUCUGUGAGUUGGUCUAUCAUGUACGGAUUACCGGGAGAUCCGAAUAGUGAAAGGUUGAAUAGGAAUGCGACGGAGACUCGUAUCCAUUGUCUUUGGAAUCAUCUUAUUGAAACUGCGUCGGCUAAGACUGGGAGCUUGAUUAUCUGGGAUACCGGAGAGUAUGAGGUCUUGCCUUAUAACAAGGAUACGUCGUGUCCAGAGACCGAUGAGUCUCAAGCGGAUUCUUCUGAUGGUGAAGUUGCACGUCAAGAGUCGAUUUCGGAUAGUGCAAAACUGCAAGAGGCUUUCAAAAGUCGCAAAAUCCGUCUUCGCCUGCAUGGUACCCGUCUACCGCCAGGCUAUACCUUACUCUUGCGUAUGGACAAGUCUACCGACUACGCCCGUCCAGCACGAAAAGGGCCUAAACGACGGAGACGUGCUCCACAGUCCGCGACAGCACCGCCGCCGCCAGCUACCUCUAGUUCUGAGUCUCCAUCUCCCCCACCACCUGACGAGACACAGAAGCAAGAUGUUACCGAUGACCAGUUAUCAUUGCAAGAGUGCAAAUCCGAAGCAGAUCAUGCAAACCAUUCCGACGAUGAUAUCGACUACCAAAUCCGGAAAAACAAUGCAUACCCAGGGUCUUCUAACACGAUAGGCUCCAUCCACCAACGGAGAUGGUAUCUCAGCAUGGACCGUGAGAGCUCAGGAUUCGAACCCAGAAAGAUCUCUAUUGGAGAAGGGAGAUCGAAAAGAAUUUGGGUUCAGUCUGGCGAUGGUUCACCUACAGGGUCAAAAGGAUUUGAGCCAUUUUAUGUGCGUGGACCUGAAGUUGAGAGGAGUGUUGUCACUGGUCGUCGAGGACAGGAUGUUCUUGAGGAUGAAGAGGUGGAAGGGUUUAUUGCUCGGAAAGGGUGGAGGGCUGUUUUACGGUGA